UAUUGCUCGCUCGCUCCCUCUCUCCCUCCCAGGCGCGUGGGCAAGUUGGAAAGUUUAAUUGCAUAGAUUAUCUAUAAAAGCGCAAUCUAAGAUUGCGAUGCGCGCGCGCACACACACAUCUAUAUUUACACUCUGAACUUGCUAGUCGGGGUUGGCACACUCUCCGCUUAUCCAUUUACUUGGUUUGCUCCAGUUCUGAGAGCGGCUCCUGUUUCUUGGGAACCUCGGAUUUAUCGUGCCAUCAACUUUCAUUUCGGUCAAUCUUCCACGUUCUUCACUGGUUAGCUGCUAAACUUCAGCCUCCCCUGAUCUGCGGUGAUGAUGAGGUCUUGGUGCUGAAAUCCCCCUCACUGAAAUGUGUGUGGUUACAAAAAAAGAGAAAAAAGAUAGGCGAUGCUCUGAAGCCGUUUCAGAAGGCCAGGGUUCAGGGUUCGGUGUAGGUUCGUUCCGGGAUUUGCUCCGCGGAGCCAUAAAUCUCUGGAGGGAGCGGGAGGGGAGGCUGAACGUGGAAACCGCCGCAUAUGAGAUAACAACUUGGUGGUCUUGGCUGGGCUCUUGUUUAUGAUAUGUAAACCGCAAAGACGAGGAACAGGCCCAUCUCUGCAGCCUGAUAGAAUCCCAUGGAGGUGGGGGGUGGGGUGGGGAGAAACCCUGGCUGCUCCCGCAGCUGAGCAGCUUAGGUCACCUUGGAGAUUUACAGCCCCAGCUCUAGAAUCGUAUUCAUUGCUUGUUGCAACUGAGCAAAGGAGACACCCAGUGGAAAGCUGACCAGGGGGAAACAGACCAGGCUCUGAGAUACAAUCAGGAGAGCUAAUAUUAAACAGCCCCUGGGACGUUCUCCGAAGGUAAUAAUCAGCAGACAAAAAGAGAGAGAAGGUCAGGCCAUCGCCUCCUUUUCCUCCCUGUCUUGCAAACGGAUCAAUUUCCAGCAAUCGUAACGCAAGUCGAAGAGACUAUUCACGACGCUCAACUGCAAUGUUUACGGAUCGACUGGUCUCAUUGAUUGCACUGCUACCGUCCAAUCACUCAUUGAUGCCCCCGAAAUCACGCGAUCUCGGGUGCCCUUUUACGUCUCGGGAGGACACUGCGUUUCCUUUGCUUUCAAUGACUUGCGAUUCUGAAAGGCAUUCUCUUGGAAAAAGGUCUGAGAAGACACGAAGGAUUUUCCUGGGGAAAAUGGGUUCAUGUAGAAAGACACAGUCGCUUGGCUGUGCCAUGAAAAUGUAUACUUUCUGGGUGGAGAACAGAACGAAGACUGGAAAAUGCACGUGGCAGAUCAACAUCAUUCAAGCACUCCGGUGCACCGGAAAAUACGGUUUAAAGACACCUACAAUCUGGAAACAAUUCUGCCCGGUGGUUGGAAACGCGAGGAGGUCUACCAGGACGGGCCAUUGGAGGAAAAACGUCACGUGACAGAGGGGUGCCAAUGUUAUUCUUUAAGGGUGUCAAGACCCUGUCAGUUUGUGAAAUAAAUAUUGGGAAACAACGAAAUGCAAAAAGCGACCUACUACGACAGCUCUGCGAUCUAUGGCGGCUAUCCUUACCAAGGAGCAAAUGGUUUCGCUUACAAUGCUAGUCAGCAGCAAUAUCCUCCUCCGCCUCCUUCUUCCUCGCUGGUGGAAACGGAGUACCAUCGACCGGCCUGCUCUUUACAGUCCCCCGGAGGCGGCGGCGGCGGCGGCAGCACCACCGUGUCCCACCACAAGGCCAAUGAAAUCAAUGAGAGUUGUAUGAGGACCAUCACCAGCCAGUCUCUCCAGCCCCCGGUCCUUUCAGAGCAGCCUCAGCAGCAGCCUCGCCCCCAGCAAGCACCACCACCUCCACCCCCCUCUGUGUCACCACCUCAGAAUGCCACCACUAAUUCCGCCCCGCCUAGCGCCACCAAGAGCUCCAUCUUGAACUCGCCCACCAUGUCCAAGCAAAUAUUCCCCUGGAUGAAAGAGUCUCGACAAAACACCAAGCAGAAAAACAGCGGCUCCAGUUCAGGUGAGAGUUGUGCUGGUGAUAAAAGCCCCCCAGGGCAAGCUUCCUCUAAAAGAGCCCGCACGGCUUACACAAGUGCCCAGCUGGUAGAACUGGAAAAGGAGUUUCACUUCAAUAGAUACCUUUGCAGGCCAAGAAGGGUAGAGAUGGCUAACUUGCUCAACCUCACAGAAAGACAGAUCAAAAUAUGGUUCCAAAACCGCAGGAUGAAAUACAAAAAGGAUCAGAAGGGCAAAGGCAUGAUGACCUCUUCGGGAGGACAGUCCCCCAGCAGAAGUCCUGUCCCUCCGGCUGCUGGAGGAUACCUGAACUCUAUGCAUUCCCUAGUAAACAGUGUUCCAUAUGAACCCCAGUCACCGCCAUCCUUCAGCAAGCCUCAUCAGAACGCCUAUGGCAUCCCUACGUCAUAUCCGGCUCCUCUCAAUAACUGCCCGCCUCCACAAAAGAGAUAUACCGGAACUGCAGCAGUGACUCCUGAAUAUGACCCUCAUCCUCUUCAAGGGAAUGGCUAUGGCAAUCCACAUAUACAGGGAAGCCCCGUCUAUGUUGGGGGCAAUUAUGUGGACACCAUGGCAAAUUCUGGGCCUUCCAUCUUUGGUCUGACUCACCUCCCUCAUCCUUCCUCUGCCAACAUGGACUACAGUGGGCCAAUGGGCAACAAUCAUCACCAUGGACCGUGUGACCCACACCCAACAUAUACAGACCUUACUUCUCACCAUCCUUCUCAGGGAAGAAUUCAGGAAGCGCCCAAACUGACCCAUCUGUAAUAUACCAUCAGUUACUUAGUGGAUCAUAAAAGUCCCCCAGCCUUUUUUAAAAAAAAGAAAAAGGGAAAAAGAAGGAAAAGAAAAGAAAAAUACUUUAAAUUCCUCCCCCUGCCCUUUCUGUUUUGCUUCUGUUUUCUUUUCUUUUGGUAAAAAAAAAAAGCAUUUUCUAGUUUAUGUGACGUAGCAAUAUCUGUUGCUUGAAUUGCUCCCUAGUUUCAAUAGUGGAUAUUUAUCUCCUUGAACUCUUUGCCUUGUGUUCUCCCUUUGAGAGUAUACAUAGGCUUUCUACUCUUAACUUCAACACUUUUAUCAAAACAGGGUAUAUGAACAAAUUUUCUAUACAGAUGGUUCUUAAAUGUGAAUUUGUUCGUACAGAAUCGAUCCCAACCGGGGAAGCAUUUUUAUUUUAAUUGCACUUCUUUUAAAUAGCGAGAAAGAAAUAAAAAGGCGCUUGAACAGGGGCUCCCUGAGCGAACUGAUUAAUACGUGUACGUCUUUCAACGUGUGUAUGCUGGUGAACUUUCAGAUUUAUUUAUAUUUUUUUGCAAACUUUGAAUAAUCUAAGUGUUUAAAUUUUUUUAUUUAUCCCCAUCUGUUCAUAUUUAUAUAUAUAAAUAUAUUAAAAAAAAAUAAAACUUCUGUACCCUGAAUAUUCAGGAGAUAUUUACCUGGCUGUAUGUUAAAUGACAUACAUAGGAAAUAUCAUUUGGAAGGGGGGAACUUAAACUCCUUUAUUUAAAAAGAAGAAGGAAAAAAAAUGCAAUAAAAUCUGGAAAAUAAACAGCAGGCCACCACAGGAACAGAAGCGGGUGCCUGUUAACAUCGAACUAAAGGGAAAUGUGUAAACCUGAACGAGAACAACACAAAGCUAGAUUUUGUUUUGAAAGUUAUACAUUCCUUGCUGCUCACAUUCUGGAAAAAAAAAUAAAGUUUUUAUUCUGAAUAA